CAAUCUGAUAGGGUUUUAGUCCCUGCUUUCAGGGUGUAGUUCAGAAUCACAUUCCCUCACAUACAUUCGUACGACAGCUUCGUUCCUUUUCUUUGAUUUUCCUUCCGACUGUUAUUGUCGUCGAAAUGGCCUCUUUCGCCGCCGCUAGAUGCGUUCUUCGUUCGGCCUCAGUCCGUAGCGCUGCGGCUCGCCUCGCCUCCCGGGGUAGCUCCGCCAAAGCUGCUCCGUCACCCUUUCGUACCUCUGGCAGCAAACCCCUAACUCAUCGCGCUUUCAGGUGCCCUGUUGAAAUGAGCUCUUGUGUGGAAACGCUGCUGCCAUACCACACAGCUACAGCUUCCGCUUUGAUGACUUCGAUGCUCUCCAUUACUCGCCGCAGUUAUGGAUGUCGGAGGACUAGAUGAAGAUGGAGAAGCACUACUGGAAUGACUUGGCUGCCAACGAUGAUGUGUGAUAAAUCGGGGGAUUCAGGCAUGAUUUAUGAACAAAUUCAGCAUUCUAAGACAGUAACUGCCGGUAAAUUAGAAGUUUUGAAUGAGCAGCUGAAGAGACAAUCCUCCCAAUGGUUUAGAGAUGUUAACCUUGAUUGUUGAAAGCUUAAUGUUGAGUUCUUUGACAUGAGGUUGAGAUGUAUUCCAGAUUAUGAUACUUUUGGUACAUUGUUUGUUGACUGUUUGGUACAGUGAAUGUGUUGUCAGGAUUGGCUGGUAUUGCAAACCAUG